AUGGAACUGAUGGUUUUAAAGCCAUCUUUUGCGAAGAAAUUAAACACCUCAGGGUUUAGCCCUUUGCAUCUGGCUGUUGAGAACCGUCAAGUUCAAUUAGCUCUAGAACUAGUCAAGUAUGAUCCUGAUCUUGUUCGUGUUGCUGGCAGAAAAGGCAUGACACCACUACAUCUUGUAGUAAAGAAAGGCGAUGUCAAUCUUCUUACUGAGUUCCUACUGGCUUGCCCAGAGAGCAUCAAAGACACGAACGUCAAUGGUGAGACUGCUCUACACAUUGCGGUGAUGAAUGAUAGAGAAGAAGAGCUCAAAGUGCUCACAGGAUUUAUACAGAGAUCGUAUAAAAGUGACUCUGCGUCCACAGAGAUUCAUGUACUGAACAGACGCGAUCGUGAUGGCAACACAACCCUGCAUCUCGCGGCAUAUAAGAAUAAUCAUAAGGCACGUUGUUAUCCUUUUUUUAUGAUUUAAAAAGCAUUCUCG